UUCUAUUUGCUGAUAUUGUUGGUUUCACUGCUAUGUCGUCCAAGAUGACUGCUCAAGAGUUAGUCAAGACGCUUAAUGCUCUUUUUGCCAACUUUGAUAAACUUGCCGAGAAGAACAACCAGCUGCGUAUCAAAAUUCUUGGUGAUUGCUACUAUUGUAUCUGUGGAGUACCUGAACAGAGAGUAGAUCAUGCUGUAUGCAGUGUCCAGAUGGGUCUAGACAUGGUGGUUGCUAUCGCGGCUGUUCGAAAGAGUACCCAAUCAGGUGUUGACAUGCGAGUAGGUAUCCAUACUGGAGCUGUGCUAGCUGGGGUAAUGGGACAGAAACGAUGGCAGUUUGAUGUGUGGAGUACAGAUGUUGUUUUAGCUAACAACAUGGAAUCUGGUGGAGUACCAGGUCGUGUUCACAUAUCACAAAGCACAUAUGAUUGCCUAAAUGGAGAAUUUGAUGUAGAACCUGGUGAAGGGGAUACAAGGAGUGAUAGCAUCAAACAAGCAGGAAUCAAAACAUAUUUGAUCAAAAUCAAUAAGAACCAAAAUAAGCCUAUGACUAUGGCAGGCCUGGAACUGAAUGGUCACAUGGAAGAUGACAUGGAUGCACCUGCCUUAGAAAGUGUUCCUGAAAACUACGAUAAAAUCAAGAAAGACGAGAUGGAAAAGGAACAUCAGUUCAAAGAAAAAGGUAAAACAGUUUCCUUUGAACCAGAAGUAGAAGAGCGAGAGGAACAAAAGGAUGAAAAUCAAAAAUUAGAUGAAGCCAUUGCAGAGAGAGAAACUAACACGAAACUUGGAGAGAAAACAUAUUUCCUGCUACUGAGGUUCAAGGAUAAAGCAAUGGAAUCCCGUUUUCAACAAGGAAAAGAUCGGAUGAGUGCUGCUGGUAUAUCUAGCGCCCUCAUUGUCACAUUAUUUGUAUUCUUAGUUCAACUUCUUAUGUUGCCAAGAACUGCAAUAAGCAUCUCAACUUUCUUUGUGUGUUUCAUCAUUCUAUCCAUCAUUACCUAUGUUUCUCUUGCACCGAGCUUCAAGAAGAAAUACCCAUCUGUUCUCAUCAAUUUGGCAACGUUUGUAGAGCGCACACCAUGGGCAAGGAUUACAUGUGCUACCUUUAUCAUCAGCCUAGUUUCUGCUACUGAUAUUACAGAUGUUUUGACAUGCGUUGAUGAGUCAACUGAAAACAUCACUAAUCUGAACCCUACAGAUCGACGUUGUCUCAAUCCACACUACUUCAAUUACAUGCUUCUACUUGUCAUGGCUGUAAUAACUACCAUGUUCCAGAUCACUCAUAUUGUCAAGUUUCUUCUAACCAUCAUCAUCACAACAUUCUAUUGCAUCCUAAUGAACGUCAUCAAACCAGAUCUCUAUAAUCGUAUUGAUGCUUUCCUGAUGAAUACUGUGUUAGACAGCAACCACAAUGAAGUACCAAGUCGGAUAGCAAACACUGUCCAGCUCGUAGUAGUUGCAGCUGCUUUGAUAUAUUUCAAUUCUCAUCUUGAGGUGACAUCAAGACUUCUUUUUUACUGGAAGACUGAAGCAAAAGAACAGAAAGAGGAGGUGGGAAGGAUGCGAGUUAAGAAUGAAAACCUGGUCCUUAACAUCAUGCCUGAACAUGUGGCAAAACAUUUCUUAGGCAGUAAGAAAAGUGAUGAGGAGCUGUAUGCUCAGAGCUAUACUGAGUCUGGUGUUAUGUUUGCAUCCAUGCCAAACUUUUCUGACUUCUACUCUGAAGAUGCAAUCAACAACCAAGGCACUGAAUGUCUGCGAUUCCUCAAUGAAAUCAUUAGUGAUUUUGAUGAUCUUCUUAAUGAGCCACGUUUUAAGUCAAUUCUUAAGAUCAAGACAAUCAACAGUACUUACAUGGCUGCAUCAGGAAUGUUUCCUAACCCAGAGGAGAUUCAUUACCGAGAUGAUAUGGAGAGAUGGCAACAUCUUGCUGAUUUAGUAGAUCUGGCCUUCUCAAUGAGGAAUACAUUGGACACCAUUAAUGCACAGAGUUUCAAUAAUUUCAUGCUCAAAAUAGGUAUAAACCAUGGUCCUAUCUUGGCAGGAGUAAUUGGAGCUACCAAACCUCACUAUGAUAUCUGGGGUAACACUGUCAAUGUAGCCAGUCGAAUGGAGAGUACUGGCCAACCAGGAAAGAUACAGGUUGUGGAAUCUUGCAUGAACAUCCUCAAGAGAUACGGCUUCAAAUUUGAAAAGCGUGGAUUGGUAAAGGUCAAAGGUAAAGGUGAAUUAAUGACAUAUUACUUGACAGGGAAAGAAGAAACGGCCAAGAAUGAUAUGGACAAUUCUAUUCCAAACAUGGUAGUCGUCUCUUAAAAGAAACAGCUAGGGAUGAUAUGGACAAUUCUAUUCCAAGCACGGUAGUCGUCUCUUAAAAGAAACAGCUAGGAAUGAUAUGGACAUUUAUAUUCCAAACAUGGUAGUCGGCUCUUAAAAGAAACAGCUAGGAAUGAUAUGGACAUUUCUAUUCCAAACAUGGUAGUCGGCUCUUAAAAGAAACAGCAAGGAAUGAUAUCGACAAUUCUAUUCCAAAGAAAGUUGUCGGCUCUUAGAAGAAGCAGCUAGGAAUGGUAUUGACAAAUCUCCACCUUUCAAGUGCUUCAUGAGGAUCAAUGAACAAACUGAUAUUGGUUAAUUCUAUUUUGUUAAGAGGCAUAUUGUAUAGUUAAAAGUAUGUUGAUGAAUUAAAAGAGCCUUAUUGAAAGUCAGACAGUACAUCAUGGUAUACAUAUGGAAAAUGCUACCUAACUUGUAAAUGUAAAAAUUGCUGUACAAUGUUCAUAGAAACUAUAUAUUUAUUACAAGUGAAUAUUCCAGUAUGAUAUAUUUAUAAACAUUCCAUGUUUUUCUUACGUAAACCCUCAGAGAAUAAACAUUGCACAUAAAUUUGAUUUAGUUGUUUUUGUUUAAUGUUGUUGCAUGGUGGAUCCACGUUUUUCUCUAAGUAAAAAAUAAGUGUUCAUGAAAAUAUAAACUUUUGUGUGUGCCUGUAUAUCUUUAAAAGAAAGAAUAAUCAAUAGUUAUCAAUAUGGCUUCACUGUCAAUAUUAUAUAUUAUGUUGUUCAAACUAUUUCAUUCUUCCCAAAUUUUUUCCAGUGUAAUUAGGCUUGAAUAGAAGGAAUGGAAUACACUGCUGCUGAAGAGAGUAUAUUUUUCCUUGCUUUUGUUUUCUCUUCCUAAUAAAUGAGUGUGGCUACAUUAAGUCUUUCAGUAGUUAUAUAUGGCAGCAUAUAGACAUGUAGUAUGAUGUACUAUCACAUAGUUGACUAGCUGCCUUUCCCACCAUUUGAAUAGAGAUGUGUUUAUACAUGUAUCCUAUCAUGGGUGUAUCUCAACAAUACCAUGUAUGGAAAUGAUAGUGAAGGAGUUUAAUAGAGUAGUGUGAAUGGGUUUUUCCAGAAGCACCAGAAGGUCUGGAAUGACAGCUCUAAUGAAUUAUGUCACAUUCUUCAUGGAAUGAGUACACAUAAUACUGUAAUGAAUCUGAAUUACAAACUCAAACAAGGUUGUUUCAUAUGCGUCUUGGUUAUAUCUUUUCCACCCCUUUGAAAUGCAAGAUUUUAUCUUCUGGGUAAACACAGCGAAAAUUACACCACCCUUGAUUCUUUCUCAUUCUUAAUAUGCAAAUGAGUAUUUCAUGCAGAAUUACAUGUAUGUACAUUGGUAAUGCCAUACUAUGCAUAACUAUACAUGUAUGUUAUAAGUAUGUAAAUAUUUUGGAAUAGAAUAUAUAUGAAAAUUGGAUGACGCAAUGCAGGCAUUUUGUAAAUAUUUAAGACUUUAUUGUACAGGUUUAAUUUACAACUUAAUUAUGUGCACAACAUGUAGCGGGCAUUUGUGGUGACAUUUGAAUGAUCACUAAACACAAUUUUUUCAUGUAUUUGUCAAUAUUUUGAGGGCUGGAGCUCAUGCUGAAACCAGUUAAAGGACAAUCAGUCCAUUAAUUGUUUAUAUUGAUACCAGUGUUCUGCUUCUUGUUACCAGUCUCAAGGACAGCUAUGUGAUCUUGUUUUGCCGUGAUAGGUCCUUAGAUGGACGGGCCCAGGACAAGGCUACAAAAUAUUUUUUAAAUGAAAAAAUAAUAAUUCAAAAAGAAAUUACCUUUUAAAGGAAACUCAUUUUUUAAUGUGUUUUGUGAUCAUUGAGCCUGACCUUGGUGUGGGAUAGUCAUGCCUUGGCCUUGGACCCUUGACUUCAGGCAGUCAUGCCUUGGCCUUGGACCCUUGACUUCAGGCAGUCAUGCCUUGAGCACUUGACUUCAGGCAGUCAUGCCUUGAGCCCUUGACUUCAGGCAGUCAUGCCUUGAGCCCUUGACUUCAGGCAGUCAUGCCUUGAACCCUUGACUUCAGGCAGUCAUGCCUUGAGCCCUUGACUUCAGGCAGUCAUGCCUUGAGCCCUUUACUUCAGGCAGUCAUGCCUUGAACCCUUGACUUCAGGCAGUCAUGCCUUGAACCCUUGACUUCAGGCAGUCAUGCCUUGAACCCUUGACUUCAGGCAGUCAUGCCUUGAGCACUUGACUUCAGGCAGUCAUGCCUUGAACCCUUGACUUCAGGCAGUCAUGCCUUGAGCACUUGACUUCAGGCAGUCAUGCCUUGAACCCUUGAUUUUGGCAGUCAUGCCUUGGAAUCUUGACUUCAGGCAGUCAUGCCUUGGACUCUGACUUCAGGCAGUCAUGCCUUGGACCCUUGACUUCAGGCAGUCAUGCCUUGAACCCUUGACUUCAGGCAGUCAUGCCUUGAGCACUUGACUUCAGGCAGUCAUGCCUUGAACCCUUGAUUUUGGCAGUCAUGCCUUGGAAUCUUGACUUCAGGCAGUCAUGCCUUGGACUCUGACUUCAGGCAGUCAUGCCUUGGACCCUUGACUUCAGGCCUUAAUAAGACCAUUGACUUCAGGUAAUGAGGCCUUGGCUUUCCAGCCUUCCUCUCAACCUGGGUGCAUACAUCUGUCAUACACAUGUAGAAAAUUAUACACUCACUGUAUAUACAUAUUCAAAACAUUUAUCCAUUAUAUAUUACAAUUCUAAUGUAAAAACAUAGUUAAUUUGUUAUAUCUGAACAAACUUUUAAUACAGAAUAUAUGUGUAUAUAUCUAAUUGAUAUUAUACCACUGCUUCAGAUGGAAAUAUAGAAAAUUGUCAGAUUGAUUUUUGUUUAAUUCUUCUAAUCAUCCAUUAAAAGGAAAUUAGAUAUACAGUUCAUUUUAAAAAGGGGGAUGAAUCGUGUUCAACUGCAUCAAACCAUAUUCUUAGUUAUUUUCAUGCUUUAAAAUGCUACCGAAGUCUUUUAAACAUUGUACAAAUGUAAAUUCAUAAUCAAAUAGCAAUCAUGAAUACAAAGAAAUGAAGCUAAAAUGAUGUGCUGAUGUAAGUAAACUGUAUGAUCUGAUAUUGUCCUUAAUGUGUCAGAUAGAUGUCAUCUUUUAUUCCCCUUUAGUUUUUAAACUGUGCAUAUAGCAGAUAGCAUCAAUGGGAUGAGUGAACUUCUUAAUGUGAGAAGAAACUUAUUAUAGUAGGUAAUCUCUGUAAUCGAACAAACUAAUGCAAUAAGCACUGUUAAUUUAUUUUAGCUGCAUAGGCCUUUAGUUGUUGAGCUAAAUCUCUUCAUUUGCUGUGUGAAUAGAAGUGCCUUAUAGAAUCAAUACAUCCAUGAUCACUGUAAGAUGAUUGUUUCCACAUACCUGAACCCAUAUUGUCAUCAACACAUAAUUAUAUAUGGCUGGAAAGAGUAUCCCAAUUAAUUUGAUAUCAUAUUUAUGUGGUAUGUGUUAAUGCUCGGAUGAUCUGUAGGUAUUCUUUGCAGUGAUGUAAAGUGAUGUACUUGCGCCAAAGUAAGGCAUGACUGCAAUAUGGUAUCAAAUUAUGUGGAAAAGGGUUCUCUUUCAGGCCAUAUAUAAUAAUUAUGUAUUCAAUUCUUCCCUAAAUUGGGGAUUUGUGACAAGUCAUUUUUUUUUACUCACAUAGUAUAACCUUAGGGUUCAGUCUAACCUUCAAUUUCCUCUAUGCUAUAUUGUCCUCAAAACAGCAGGAAUAAAAAACUAACUAGUUUUCAGGAGUAAUCUAAAAUCUUUAAUUUGAUACUCAGAGAAAGUGGUAAAAAUGAACAUGAUUGCUUACUUAGAAUUUCAAUGGUAAAAGUAAUGAAUUUAGAUGAGAAGUUUUGAUUCUUCAGAAAUUUUCAAUAGAUAGUACACAGAUCUUAAUAAUUUAGGGGAUUAGGGUGGGAAUGUAAUGUAAUGCUAAGUCUAUCUGUUUUUAACUAUGCUUCAUAAUACUCUAUAACUUGUUGUGAUAGUAAGUUACUGAAGAAAGUAUACAAAUUUUAUUUGAAGUCUUGACUUUGUUAGAAUUCAGAUGAAUAUUAGUUUGGCCAGCUUGGGUCAUAAUUAGAUGUGCAAUUCUGUAUACAAACAAUAAUUGACUGCGCAUGUGCAAUAUAUCUCUGUACACUGAUUUCUGUAUCAAUAAAAAGAUAACUUUCUUUACUUUCGAUAAUAAAAUUCAUGGUUGCAUCUUA